AUGCCCCUGGUUGUCUUCUGCGGAACUCCCCUCAGUGGCAAGUCCUACCGUGCUAGGCAGCUGUAUGACCACCUCAGUCAACUGCCUGAAUGCGGCAAAUGCGUCCUCGUGUCGGAUGAAGAGAAGCUGGCCAGUCAGGGACCAAACAACAUCUAUCGGAGCUCAGCGGCGGAGAAGGAGCUUCGGGCGUGGCUCAAAUCCGAGGUGCAGCGAAGUCUCAGCUCACCAGACACCGUAGUGCUUCUUGAUGCGGCCAACUACAUUAAGGGCUAUCGCUAUGAGCUGCACUGCCUGAGCAAGCAGUUCAGAACGACACACCUCGUGGUGGAGUGCCAAGAUGCACCUGAAGCGGUGGUCGAGAGACAUCUGCAAGAGAGCGGAACCGAGGGUGAUGAAACGGCCAGAAGGCGCAAGUACUCUCGUGAGAUUUACAUCGAGCUAAUGCAACGCUUCGAGCAGCCUGACGCCAACAAUCGCUGGGACUCGCCGCUUUUUAAAGUGCCGUACCAAGAGGGUGGCCUGCCGCUGGAAGCAAUCAAGGACGCCAUUCUAAAGCGAGUCGCACUAAAGGCAAAUCUGAGCACCCAGUCGCAGCCGACCACGACGGACAACUUUCUCUACGAGCUGGACUGCCAAACGCAGGAGAUCAUCAGACAGAUUCAGGUGGCACUGCAGAGCAAUCAACUUCGAGCCAUCAAGAUUGCCGGCAGUGAGGUGCAGGUCAACUUGAUCCGCAAGGUGCCCAUCGCCGAGCUGAACCGGCUUCGCCGGCAGUUCAUCAACUACACCCGAACGCAUCCAUUUGGCGGAAAGGACAGCAUUGUCAGUGCCUUUGUGCAGUUCAUCAACAAGAGCGCCUCGUAG